ACGGGACGGCCUUGCCUGCCUGCUUGCCUGAGUGCCUACCUAUCUUUGUCUCUCCCCUCCCUCCUUCUCCCCCUUUCCCUUUUCCCUCUGCAACAUGAGCUCAACCGCCGACGUUGCCCAAAACCUGGCGUCGUCGUCUCGCCGCGAUCAAGCCCCCCUGACGACGGAUGCCUCGGGACGACAGCCCCCCGCCGCCACCGCCGGUGCCGCCGAACUCGCCAGUACAAAGAUGAGCCUAUACGGCGCCUUGAAGCGCUUCCCCGACUUCCCCAUCCCGGGUAUCAACUUCAUCGACAUCCUGCCACUGUUCCAGGACCCCAACAUCCACCGUACCCUGCUGCGCGCCCUGGAGCUCCAGGUUCUCCAGUUCGGCGCCGACGUGGCCGGCGCGGGCAACGCCGCCCUGGCGAAGCCCGAUGUCAUAGUGGGGUUGGACGCGCGGGGUUUUCUCUUUGGGCCCUCGCUGGCCCUGCAGCUCAACGCCAGCUUCGUGCCCGUCCGCAAGAGGGGCAAGAUGCCCGGCCCCUGUGUCGAGGCCGCUUACGAGAAGGAGUACGGCACAGAUUACUUCCAGAUGCAGGAGGGUGCGGUGAAGCCGGGCCAGAAAGUACUGGUUGUGGACGACAUCAUUGCAACUGGUGGAUCUGCUGCCGCUGCUGGAUCUCUCGUCAAACAGCUUGGAGGCGAUCUGAUUGGAUACCUCUUCAUCUUGGAAAUCCCGUUCCUCAAGGGACGCGACAAGCUCGACGGCGUGCCCACCGUCACCCUUCUUGAGACGGAUGAUUAAAGGCAUCCAGGUGCUUGCUCCGACACACCCGUCAGAACGCUGGCCUCGACGUGGUCAUUAGACCAAAACAUCACUCACCCGUCUGAUAUCCACUAAUAUCCACCAUUUGUCUUGUGAACUUCGAUGACCGAAUGUCUUUAAUAGGGGGGGGGGCGGGCUCUGCACAGCAGCCCGCAGCAUGUCUGCAUGCUUGUCCCC